CUCCGUAUAAAGCAACUCAAAACCCCUUCCAAUAGGAAAACACUUCAAUUUUCUGGGUUUUUUUUUCAUUCUACGGAACAAUAGUUCCAUUCAAAAAUGGCGAAUAAUUCCAUUCACAACGAAAUUCAUGCUCUUCAAUCAAUCUGCUACAAGCGUGGUUCACUUCAGCUUCUCGAUCAGAGGAAGCUUCCUUUGGAAACUGUUUACUUGGAUAUUAAAAAUGCUUCUGAUGGAUGGUUUGCAAUUAAAGAAAUGGUGGUUCGUGGAGCACCAGCAAUUGCAAUCGCAGCUGCCCUCUCUCUGGCCGUGGAAGCUGUUAAUUUAGAAACAUUCCAAGGGACUGCUGAUGCUGCUGCUUCAUUUCUUGCGCAGAAAUUGGAAUAUCUAGUCUCUAGCCGUCCAACUGCUGUGAACCUUUCGGAUGCUGCCACAAAACUUAAAGAAAUCACUGUCAAAGCUGCUUCCACGCGUUCAGAAGCAAAUGCUGUGUUUCAGGCUUACAUAGAAGCUGCUGAAAUAAUGCUUGAGGAUGAUGUUGCCUCAAACAAAGCAAUUGGUUCUUAUGGAGCUAGUUGCUUUGAAAGUCAGUUGAACGAUGCUAAGAAAAUAUCCAUCUUGACUCAUUGCAACACUGGGAGUCUUGCGACCGCUGGAUAUGGUACUGCAUUAGGGGUAAUUCGUGCUGUCCAUGCCCAAGGAAUCCUAGAGAAGGCCUAUUGCACGGAGACUCGGCCAUUCAACCAAGGAUCUAGGUUAACUGCUUUUGAGUUGGUGCAUGACAAUAUCCCAGCUACGCUGAUAGCAGAUUCUGCUGCAGCAGCCUUGAUGAAGGCUGGAUGUGUUCAAGGAGUCAUUGUAGGUGCAGAUCGUGUGGCUGCGAAUGGUGAUACUGCUAAUAAAAUUGGAACUUACAGCCUUGCUGUGUGUGCAAAGCAUCAUGGUAUUCCAUUCUAUGUUGCUGCACCUCUUACCUCAGUUGAUUUGUCCUUGCCUUCUGGAGAAUCCAUUGUCAUUGAGGAAAGGUCCCCAAAGGAAUUGUUGAAUUCUCGUGGAGGACUUGGAGAGCAAGUUGCUGCAUCUGGGAUCUCUGUUUGGAAUCCGGCCUUUGAUGUUACUCCAGCAAACUUAAUAUCUGGUAUCAUUACAGAAAAGGGUGUAAUUACUAAAAGCAAGGAUGAGGAUUUUGACAUCAAAGGUUUUGUGCUAAAAGUGGUAGCCCAAUGACUUUAUGGAGGCCGGAACCAGCUACUUAGAAGGAGCCGCGAGAAGCCAAUAUAAUAAAUAGGUUUUUAACCUGAUACUUUACUUGCUUAUCAAGAAUGAAUGGUUGCGAAAGGGAGGGGGAGGGGGGAUGUCCUGGCCUAUUUACUCUUUUUUUCAAUGGACUUCAUACGGAUUAAGAUCCAGUUUCCUAAAUGGAAAUAAUUGCAUUAUAAUUGCAGCAAUGUAUGAGCUCUGAGGGAGUUUAUUCGUGAUUGUAUAGCAACUUAGAGUUCAUAAUUUAUAUACGUUUUGAUGAUAUACAAUAUUAAAAGAUAUUUCAAUGAUGUCUGAAA